AUGUGAAGGAGUGCGGCAGUUAUUCAUGACUCUCCGCUCGAUCAGAGGCUUCCUCUGGGCUGUAUCUUACAUUUUCCGUAUUAUGUUGCGAUGUUUUUCUCUCACGAACUCUUCUUUUGGUUCAGCUAGGCUUCUCGGAUUUAUCUCGCCAUGCCCCUCAUGUGUUUUAGUUGGUAGCCCUAAAAGUGAUCUGUGUGGGGUCUCUUAAAAAUCAGCACAUUGGAGACUGCUGAGGUUGACACGGUCUUCUUAUUGAUGUUUGGAUUCUUCCACAUAUCGCCUGGACUCAGUUCAACUGCCGGAUUCUGUUUCCCGGCUGCUUACAAAGGGUGGCUCGGUAGGAGGAUUCUGUGACAUGUCAGUUUAGUGCUUCUUGACUAUAUGGAACGAGUGACAGGUUCUCGUUACUUCUCACCCUCCAAAUGCCCAUACUAUAUCGUCAUCUUCGGCAAAAGGUAUUGAGUACACUUUUACCUGCAAACUGUCGAAUUAGAUACUGUAAAUUUGUUAGAGAUAUGCCGCUGACAACCUUUACAUUGUUGAAAACAGGGUUUCAGCACUGGGAUAUGUCUCGUGUGGUGGAAAUUCUUGAUGCGAAUCUAUCAAUUGGAGUUUAAAAUCUGUAUGUUUUAUCGUCUACGAAAGCGAGGUUCUGGGGUGGCAAGGUGCGCGUGAACGAGGAAAACCGUUAGGAGUGAGAUUAUCAUGGCCAUGGCCAUGGACAUAACACCAGAUUUUGAUCUCCAAGUUGAUAGAUGCGCAUCCAAAUUUCCAUACUCAUAUCAACCGGAGAUCGAGUAAAAUUCUGCUGAGCUCCCUUUACAACCAAGGUAUGACGUUGUUGUUUCUGACCUGCUUCGCUAUGAAAUUGAUUGACUCCACAACAGGUCCCAGUUUCCUGCCCAGAGAGAGCUGGGGGAUACAUUUUGCAACUUUGUUGUAUGGAGGAUGAAAGCUCUAGAAUAUUGACACUGAGGAGGACUUGGAGAACAUUCGAUGAACCAUCUGCAUGGACAUUGCUGGUAGGCUGGAUAUUUACUAACUUCAAACUGAUUGAGCUCAAUAUUCUCUAUUAACUGCGCGGCACACAAGUAUGUUUUUACACGCAGACUACAUUUCACAGGGAAAAGAUGGGCAUUAGAUCUACUGGGCGGUGGACUUCGUCUUUCUUGUGUCACUCACUCCCUUCAGGUGCCUCGGCAAGGAUCAGAGUGAAGCCAUAUUCGAUGGACGAACGACUCUGCAGGCCUCAAGGGUUUUUAGUAUGGAAGCUUGAAUUGCGAUAUUAAUUCUCUACCCCUUGCCCGCAGCAUAAGAGUUUUAAUGUUGUCCAGUUUCUUUCAGGGUGAACCACAUUCCGAUGGCUUGAGUUGGUUGUGCAACAUAAAUUUUGUGAUACGAUGAAACGGAUCUAUACUCGUUCCAUCCUCUGUCUUGGAUUGCAGUUCACAUGCUCGACGGCAUCUACUAUCUUGGUGAUCUAGAUAUUUGUAACCUGGUUGCACAAUUCAUACAAUUGGUGGUUGCGGAAGAAAUACGUGGCGAAAAUACGGUCGAGAAUCAGAAGUCUUGUACCAUCGUAUGCAGCUGACAGCAUCACCAGCUGUAAAUCGUAUAACAAGAUUUAAGAUUGAGAAUACUAGAAGCCCGGGAAGAUUGUAAUUAGGGAGCUCAAUGACCUCUCAGGACGAAGUGUGCAUACACAUAGCCUUCUCUCCAUUGUGAGUGGCGAGUGGCUGCUACAACUCUCUGCGAGCAGCACAACAUAGCUCCUGAGUGUUAUCUGCUGGUGAAAGGAAUUUUAUAGGACUAGUCCUGCUUGGUACUGAGCAGCAGAUAUCCAAUAUGCCGGGCUUCUAGCAUGUAAAGUACAAAUUUUCCUUAUGAAAAAAUCUUUGCAGAUUAUUCAGACGCCCUUUCACACUGCGUC